UGGAAUAAUCCUAUCUGGCCUGUUAAAAAAGGUGAUGGGACAUGGAGAAUGACUGUAGAUUACAGAGAGCUAAACAAAGUGACUCCGGCUAUUCAAGCUGCCGUCCCUGAUUUGAUUACUGAUAUAACAGAAUCUCCUGUUAAAUGGGGUGUCUCAUAUGACCAAUUGACUGAAGAACAACAAAAACAUACCUGGUUUACGGAUGGUUCUGCCAAAAUGAUAUCGAGCUCACGGAAAUGGAAAGCAGUUGCCUAUAACCCAUCCACCCAACAAACAAUUGUCACCACUGGAGAUAAUAUGAGUAGCCAAUAUGCUGAACUUUAUGCGGUGUAUCAGGCACUUCAACAAGAACAGGGGCAACAAUGUCAUAUAUAUACUGAUUCAUGGGCAGUGGCACAAGGUUUGGCAAUGUGGAUGCCACAAUGGAAAAAACAUGAUUGGAAAAUUAAUGAUAAAGAAAUAUGGGGAAAGAAAUUAUGGGAAGACAUAUGGUUAUGGUGUCAAAACACGAUUGUUACUGUAUUUCAUGUUGAUGCUCACAGUUCUUUAAUUUCUGCAGAACGAAAGCAUAAUUCUCAUGCUAAUCAGCUGGUGCAGAUUCGUGCAACGCACAACCCAGGCUUAGCACAAUGGGUCCACGAAAAGAGUGGACACUUGGGAGAACAAGCUUCAUACAGAUACUCCUGCUGUGUUCGCUAUGCUGUGAUUGAAGACUGA